AUUUAGGGAGGUAGAGUGAUGAUGAAGAUGAGGCGUCACACACCUUAGUUCGAAAAUGGGUGAGCUGAGUCUGUACGGAUCUGGCUGAGUCAACUCGGUGCGAACAUGAUGAACAUCAAAGGAUUGAGCGCGGUGGAGAGAGGUUAUAUACGGAAGCAUCACACGCACGAGAUUAAGGCUAAUCAAUGCACUUCCUUCCUCAUCAACCAUAUUAAGGCGCCCGUACAUCUUGUUUGGUCUCUGGUCAGGCGGUUUGAUCAACCACAGAAGUACAAACCUUUUGUCAGCCGUUGCAUUGUGCAGGGAAAUCUUGAAAUCGGCAGUGUGAGGGAAGUUGAUGUUAAGUCAGGUCUCCCUGCUACCACCAGCACUGAGAGAUUGGAGCUUCUUGAUGAUAAUGAACACAUACUUAGUGUAAGAAUCGUCGGUGGAGACCACAGACUCAGAAACUACUCUUCCGUUGCAUCUGUUCAUCCUGAGGUCAUUGACGGGAGACCUGGGACAGUGGUGAUUGAAUCGUUUGUGGUGGAUGUGCCAGAAGGGAACACACAAGACGAAACAUGCUACUUUGUCGAAGCACUUAUCAGGUGUAAUCUGAAAUCACUGGCUGAUGUUUCGGAGAGGCUUGCUGUGCAAGACAGAACCGAACCCAUCAAUCGUGCCUGCCACGGUGCUUAGAUGCUAUUUUCACCAAGGAUGAAACUUUCUUCAAGGCUUUGGAGGCAGAAUAGCCAUAUGUUCUGAGUUGGAACUGGCUCUACAUAUUGUCCUGUACUCUCGUUGUUUGCUGUUUGUAACUCGUUCUCAUAGUCACUUUCACCAAGGAUGAAGCUUUCUUCAAGGCUCUAGGAAAAUAUGUAAAUGUAUUGUGUGAAAUACCUAUGCUCCAUCCCUUAUUUUUGAUGAAUAAAUAGAAAUAAAAGCAUAUAUUUUGAGACAAAA